CAGCCGCCGGUCUACCUGGCCUGUCUGGCCUGUCCUUUUCGGCCCAGGAAGUUCAAGCUAUGCAACAGAAUUUUCAACAGCAGGCUAUUCAGCAGUUGGCGUUGCUUCAACAAGGGGCAGCCGCCUCCCAAUUCAGUCCACAGGCCCAGUUUUAUCUACAGAGCCACGUACAACAAGCCCUAGUUCAAGCAGCUCAGCAGUACCAACAGCUGCAGAAACAACAACAGUCAGUCAUUUCGUCUCAGCGAACCAAUUUCACCGACGCUCAACAUCAACUUCACAUCCAACAGCAACACAUUCAACAGCAACACGUUCAGGAGCAGCAGCAGCAGCAGCAGCACAAACAAUUGCAGCAGCAACAACAACAACAACAAGAGAAACAACAGCAAGUCGAACAACAACCGUCUCGAGAACAUUCUCCUCGGCAUCAUCACCAUUCGUCGAAUCCAGCGCCGGCCGAAGUGGCGGCCCCCGUCAUGACGAAAGCGGCGGCGACGCACAGCUCGCGGACGUCGUCCAACUCUUCGUCGGCCUCUGGUCAGCUGACGAUCGAGGUCGGCACAGCCGGCAACGCUGGCACUGGAACGAACCCUGCCGCCACGCCGCUGUACGACUUGCCACCGGAAGAGACUACGGAUCUAGAAGAGCUGGAACAGUUUGCCAAAACGUUUAAACAGCGAAGAAUUAAACUCGGUUUCACCCAGGGUGAUGUUGGUUUGGCCAUGGGCAAACUGUACGGCAAUGAUUUUAGCCAGACGACCAUAUCACGUUUCGAAGCGCUCAACCUGUCGUUCAAGAACAUGUGCAAAUUGAAGCCGCUUCUGCAGAAAUGGCUGGAAGACGCCGACAGCGCUCUGGGUGGCGGUGGCAAUGGCCCUGGAGGCAACGGCUGCCUGGGCGGAACGACCGGACUGGCCAGCAUUGCAUCCGGCGGCGUUGGCGGCGUUCCCUUGUCUUCGCCGCUAGGUGGCGGUGGCGGCAGCAGCGUCAGCGACGGAUUGGGUCGUCGCCGGAAGAAGAGGACGUCGAUUGAGACGAGCGUGCGAGUCGCGCUGGAAAAGGCGUUUUUGGCCAAUCCGAAACCCACGUCGGAAGAGAUCGCCAUGCUGGCCGACGGCCUAUCUAUGGAGAAGGAAGUUGUCCGCGUCUGGUUUUGCAACAGACGCCAAAAGGAAAAGAGAAUUAAUCCGCCGAGCAGCGGGAUGACAAGUCCGAGCCCAUCUGGGCCUGGUGGGAUUGGCGGAUCGGGUGGACGCGAUGGCAACAAUAGCAGCGGAGGCGGCGGUGGCGGCAGCGUGACUCCCACCAUUCCGGUGACUCCGCCUAACACGGCGGCCAUGCUGGCUUCGAUUGCGUCCAUCACGCCGCCAUCGUCGCUGACGGGACUCGGCUCUUCGCCCUCUCCCGAUCCACCGACUCCACCCAACGUACCUCUGUCUCUCGUUACGACUGCCCAUUCGUAUCCGCGCGGCGGAUCGCCGCCGACGUCCAUGUCGUCUCACCAGCUGGCCAUGAACAUGGCGAUGGGCAUGCGCUCUUCGCCCACGUCCUCCUCUUCACCUCUGCCCCUCUCUUUGACGUACAAUCCUAGGCUCGGUUUGGGUUCGACGGGUCCGGCUACAAUUCCCACCGAAUGA